AUGGAUCUUGAUUUUGUACUUCUGUUACUCACGAGUGCCCUUUUCAUUACUCUUUUGUUUCAAAAGUUUAGAGCAAAAUACAAGACAAAAAGCUCAUCAGAAAUAUCCCUGCAGCUUCCUCCAGGACCAAAGAAACUACCUUUCAUUGGAAACUUGCAUCUUCUUGGGUCUCUUCCUCACAGGGCUUUUAGAGACUUGGCCAACAAAUAUGGACCCAUUAUGCAUCUUCAGUUGGGUGAAGUUUCCAUGAUAGUUGUUUCCUCUCCUGAGACAGCAAAAGAAGUGAUGCAAACCCAAGACCUCAAUUUCGCCUCAAGGCCAUCUAUUAUUGCAUCAGACAUAAUAGCUUACAAUUCAAGUAACAUAUCAUUUUCUCCCCAUGGAGACUACUGGAGACAACUGCGCAAAAUCUAUACAUUAGAGCUUUCGGGUCUGACCAGGGUUCAUUCUUUUCGAUCCCUUCGAGAGGAAGAAGCGUCGAAUCUGAUCAGACGGAUCGCGGGUAAUGCGGGAUCAACGAUCGAUCUUACACAGGAGAUUCAUACAUCAAUUUAUACAAUUUCUUCCAGGGCAAGUUUUGGUAACAAAAGCAAGUAUCUAAAAGAAUUCAUUUACACAAUCCAGGAAUUCAUUAAAUCGGCAUCAGGGUUUAACAUUGCUGAUGUCUACCCUUCUAUCAAGUUUCUUCAUGUGAUUGGUGGGAUGAACUCUAAGCUAAUGAAUUGUCAUAAGAUAACAGAUAAGUUACUCGAUGCCAUUAUUAAUGAGCGCAGGACUGGUAAACUUCUUGAUCAAACCAACAAAGAUUUUGUGGAUGUUUUGUUGCAGUAUUUUCGGGAAGAUAAAAAUCUUGAGUUUUCGAUGACUAUGGACAACAUCAAAGCGGUUCUUCUGGAUAUCUUUUUAGCUGGAAGUGGAUCAUCAGCCAAGACUAUAAAUUGGACAAUGUCAGAAAUGAUGAAAAAUCCAAAAAUCAUGGAAAAGGCACAGGAAGAAAUAACAAGAGUUUUUGGGGAAAGAUCUCACGUGGACGAAGCUUGUUUUGAUAAGCUCAAGUACUUGAAAUCAGUCAUAAAGGAGACCUUAAGGUUACAUCCACCAGGACCCCUCUUGCUUCCCAGGGUAAGUAAUGAGAAUUGUAUAAUCAAUGGUUAUAAAAUACCAGCCAAAAUCAAAGUCAUCGUGAAUGCAUGGGCUAUCAAUAGGCACCCUUCCUAUUGGAAAGAUGCUGAAACAUUCAACCCGGAUAGAUUUCUUGAGAACCCUUUAAAUUAUAAGGGAACACAUUUCGAAUAUAUACCAUUUGGUGCCGGAAGAAGGAUGUGUCCUGGGAUUCAAUUUGGUACCGUGAAUGUCGAGCUCACACUCGCAAAACUUCUGUAUCACUUUGAUUGGAAAUUGCCUAAUGGAAUGAAACCCGAAGACUUGAAUAUGACGGAAGACGCUUCACUGGUAUUAACAAGGAAACAUGAUCUCCAUCUAAUUCCUAUCAUCAAAUAUCCUCUCUUAGGGCUGAAUGAUUAAUGGCUAACUGCAUUAUUUUGGUCUUGAAUAUCUUAGAUCAUAUCCC